AUGGCAAGCCUUGUGCAGCAGCAACAGCAAGUAAGUGUUGAAGGUAGCAACCGCAUAGUAGCAGUGAACGUGACACCAUCUAGCAACCUUCACACACCGUCUGAUUACGAUGGCUCCUCAAACAACGAGAAAAGUGGAUGGAGAAAGUUUCUGACAUAUGUAGGUCCUGGUUUCCUCGUCUCCUUGGCUUAUCUUGAUCCUGGAAACUUGGAAACUGAUUUGCAAGCUGGAGCUUAUCACAGAUAUGAGCUGCUGUGGGUGGUACUAAUUGGAUUGAUUUUUGCGCUUAUAAUUCAGUCAUUGGCUGCAAAUCUUGGCGUUACCACUGGCAAACACCUUUCAGAAAUAUGUAAAGCUGAGUACCCAUUAUUUGUCAAGUAUUGCUUAUGGAUAUUAGCCGAGAUUUCUGUCAUAGCUGCAGACAUACCUGAAGUGAUUGGCACAGCCUUUGCCCUGAACAUACUCUUCCAUAUCCCAGUAUGGGUAGGAGUUCUUAUAACUGGCUUCAGCACUCUCGUGCUUCUUGGUGUGCAGAGAUUUGGGAUAAGAAAACUGGAACUGCUGAUAACAAUCCUAGUUUUUAUAAUGGCUGCAUGUUUCUUUGGGGAAAUUAGCUACGUAAAACCACCGGCUUCUGGUGUAUUAAAGGGAAUGUUUGUGCCCAAACUCGGUGGUGGAGCCACAGCCGAUGCCGUUGCCCUUUUGGGUGCCCUUAUCAUGCCGCACAACCUUUUCCUCCACUCUGCUCUUGUGUUGUCUAGAAAAAUACCCAAUUCCGUGCGUGGCAUCAAUGAUGCAUGUAAGUUCUAUCUCAUAGAGAGUGGGUUCGCGCUGUUUGUGGCAUUCCUAAUCAAUGUUGCAGUAGUUUCUGUGUCGGGCACUGUUUGCUCUGCCAGCAACCUUUCAGCAGAAAAUAGUGAUCAGUGCAACGAUCUUACCCUUAACAAUGCUUCUUUCCUUCUCAAGAAUGUGUUGGGACGGUCGAGCUCAACCGUUUAUGCCAUAGCACUAUUAGCCUCAGGACAAAGUUCUGCUAUCACUGGAACCUAUGCAGGACAGUACAUCAUGCAGGGUUUCUUGGACUUAAAGAUGAAAAUGUGGAAAAGAAACCUGAUGACUAGGCUCAUUGCCAUAACACCUAGUCUUAUUGUCGCCAUAGUUGGUGGUUCUUCUGGGGCUGGUCGCUGUAUUAUCAUCGCAUCGAUGAUACUUUCUUUUGAGCUUCCAUUCGCUUUAAUUCCACUCCUUAAGUUUAGCAGCAGCAGUACCAAGAUGGGACCUCACAAGAAUUCUCUGAUUAUCAUUAUCAUCUCAUGGAUACUAGGCUUUGGAAUCAUUGGUAUUAAUGUGUACUACCUCAGUACUGCCUUCGUGAGUUGGCUCAUUCAUAGUAGUCUCCCAAAGGUGGCAAAUGUGUUCAUUGGGAUCAUAGUGUUUCCUCUAAUGGCAGUCUAUGUCAUCGCAGUUAUCUACCUAACCUUCAGAAAAGACACUGUUCAGAUAUUUAUCGAGACAAAGAAUGACCCUGAAAUGCAAACCCACGUGGAAAAGGGACUUUUGAAUGAUGGUCAAUUACAGUUGACUCAUAUUCCUUACAGAGAAGAUUUAGCUGAUAUCCAACAACCAGAAUGGGGAACCUAG